AUGGAACGGCACCGACUCGAGCACACCUAUCAGGAGGCGUACGCAGAGCUGGAGGCGUUGCAGGAGGAGCCACGGGUCGAGGACCGUCUUGAUCGUCUCAAUGCGCUGCUGGCGCAUGUUAGCACUCAACCGCUGGGCGAGAAGCUCCUGCUCGAUUUGUGGCGUGAUGGUUUGGCCGCGUGUUGCGAGGCCUGCCUGACCACCGUCAGCCAUGGGCAGCCCAAUGCCCUCGAGGGCCAGGUCACCCUCGCCGCUUUCUUGAUUAACUUGCUUCCAGAUCUACCGUCCUCGGAUCGUGACAUUCGAGGUCUUUGCCUGGACACGGCCAACUUGCUUUCGGCCAACAGCUCUCGAACCACCGACGCUAGUCCGGCCAGUGAUUCAGACUCUGAUGCCGACCACGAGCCGCGCAAUCCGGCGCCCUCAAGCUCGGAAGAACAAGCCUUGGUGGCAGCCCUCACCUGCCACACGCUGUACUUUGUGCGUGGCCUAAUCAGCCACUACCAGGACGUGGCCAACGAUCCUCUACCCUUUGAGUCGUCCCAGGCCCUUGUCUACGAACUCAUGUUUCGCAUCGUCCAAUCCCUGCCCAGCCUCUCUUCCCAGGAGUCGAGCAUCAGCGCAGCAGACAUUGACGUGCUCCGCACACUGGCUGCCCUGGCUCUCCACGAUCAGCGAGUUCAGCUCGAGCUACGCAUUCAAGCUUGGUACCGCGGCUAUCGAUCACGGCGAACCUGGCGCCGGGCGACAGCUGGGGUGACGGCUCUGCAGCGUAUUUGGCGCGCACGCCGAACAUGCCAGCAACAUCGCUCCGCGCAACAAAAGCAAGCUUCAAUGGCAAUGCACGUCGAGGCUGCGAGCUAUCGAAAGCUGUGGGCCACCGAGCGCGAGCAGCGCGCUCAGCGAAUCCGGCGUGAAGCAGCCGGAGCUCAACGCUUCGCACAGGGUGCGCGAGAACAGCUCAAACGAGCCAUUGAGACUCUGCGCGUUUCAGAUGCAGCGCGGCCAGAGCUACAGAAUCAGUUGGAUGCAUGGCGGGAGCAGCACCUGGUUGAUGUGACUAGCUUAUCUGAUGCGGAGCUUCUGUUGCGCCUGCGGCAGCAACAAGACGCCUUUCGAGGCUUUCUCGUCAAUACCCGAGCAGCUGCCCGCGCAACGCACAAGCGACAUGCCUUGGUGCAACGGGUUAAGGUGCUGCGGCAAGCCCUGAAUCACGCGUCGGCCGGCUUGGAGGAAACCAAGCAGACCCCUUUGCGCGACCUGGUUCACCAGCCAUCGGCUCUGGCCGAGGCACGCCACCGUCACCUUGAACAGAUGCAGCGUAUCGUUGAUCCAUGGUGGGCUCGCUUGCGCAGUGACACCGCCCGCGACCAGGAUCGCCUGCAACGCAUCCUAGCCAACGUGCCAGGGCGCUCAAUGUCUCAGCCCGUGCCCCACUCGAUGAGUUGA